UUAGCUUCGUAGCUAUAUGAAAGGCAAUGUUCACAUGCAAAAAUGGGGAUUGAGAACUUGGAUUUGACUUUAUCACAAGGUCUAAUUAAGAUAUUGGUGACGUUCCAUUGUACCCGUUGAUUAGUCCAUUUUGAAGAGUUUAAAUUGUCUUAUAAGGGAACUUAAGAUAGAUUGCAAUUCUACUUGGCCAUAUUUAGUAGUAGCUUGUAUUGAAGGGAACUGUCUCCCGUGAUGGUGUUUCGAAAUCAAAGACGAUGGAGAUACUCCUUUGAAUUUUAUUAAAUGAAAACAGGUUCAAAUUAUUUAAUAAAAAUACUGUAAAUUAAUUCAAUAAUAAAAAUGCAUUAAAAGAAUAUGUCAAGAAAAUAUAUAUCAGGAUAAUUUGUGUUGUCUACGAAAGAAAGAAAUGAAGCAUGAACACUUUCCAGCUCAGUGAAGACUCAAUAAUGUAAAUUCUUAUAUUGGCAACGGUCCAAAUUACACUUGGAGCUAGGAAACCGUGUCGCAAACGUUGAUUGUGAUGGUGAUAAAUAUAAACUCACGGCCAUCCCUUUUCUAUGGGAUUAUUCUCUGCCUAGUCUGCAGCAAAAAUGGGUAACAUUGGCCAAUUUCUUAGGUGCGAUAGACGCGUGACAUCAGAUUCCUCUCGUAAGUUAGCAUGCACUUAUAUACAUAUAAUUUUUUUAUAAGCAAUUUUUAGGGACAGUGGAUGGUAAUCCAUUCUAAGGUCCAAAAAUUUGUCGAGAAAUUUAAACCUUGCAUCCAUUUGUUAAAAUCCUAUCUUACUCCUUUCUCCACUCAACUUACUCCUUAGAGUUACACAUAAUUUUGCCAUGGAUGAAAUAAGAUCAUAAAAAUUUAUGUGUAGGCUUUUAUUUUUUUUAAAUGUUUUAGCACAGUAUCUUUUUCUUUUUGUGAUGUAAUGGGAGUCUCUACUCCCUCAGUGAUAGCUGUCUAAACUUUUUUCUUUAUAGACUCUAGCUCUUUUUCUUUAAAAAAAGUGUUUUUUUUUCUCAAAAGUUUCAUGAUCUUAUUUAUUUAUUUUCUAAUAAAUUACGUAUUUAUAUAUUAACAAUGUCUUGUUCUCUCUUUUUGAAUUAAGUUACUUUAGAAUAACUCCAUUUUUGUUAUAUUUAAAUUCUAUGACAGAUAAGUUUUAAAGAUGAAAACUGCCUUAGGAGAAGAAAAAAAAAAGAUCAAAAAUUAAAAAGGGAAUGUGUUUUCAUUUUAAAAAACUAUUCUUAAGAAAACAAAAAAAGAGAGAAAUUGCUUGACGUGAUUACUUCAAAUGUGAGAUAGAUAACGUGGGCAAGUGAUAAGAAUGGAAAAUCGAAGUCCUUAAUGACGCAUUGGAGAAGGGAUUUGUUCAUUUUUCAUAAUAAAUAAUGGGUGGGGAGGAUAUCUUUAUUACAAUAUUGCCAUAAAAAAAGUUAUUUAAAAAAAAGUUGAAAACAUCUCCAAAUUGUUUUUGCUUUUUAACUUUUAAAACAUAUUUUUAAAACUGCAAACCAAAAACAAUAUUCAUCAUACACAUCUUUUGUUUUAUUGUUUUUAAAAAUAAUAGUAAAACAAGACUUUUUUUUUUAUUGAGAAUGUAUAAAUUUUUUAAACAUGUUUUCUACCUCCUUUAAACAUUUUAACAUUAGAGGAAAAAUUAAAAUAGAUGGAUAGUGAUUUAUCAUUCAAUGAUUAGCCCAUCCAUUAAUCCAAUUUUAAAGUUUGUUUUAUUUUUUAUAAAAACUAAAACAUUAUUAAAAAAAUUACUUUUUGUUUGUCUUUUUAUCUCUUUUUCUGGAUUGUUUCUACAUUCCGGGAAAUUAAUUUCAGUAAACAAUAGAAUCAUGAAAAUCAUAGUUGAUAAAGAAAUAGACGUGAUCAAUUGACAAAGUAUAAAACUUGGGACAAAUCUUGUUACUAAAAAUGAUAAGAAAAGUCAUAUAAUUUCCCCCUUUAUGGGUCUAUACGUAAUUCGAAACUGGGACCAAUUGGGAUCAGUGAGUGCGUCGUUUGAAGCCCAACAUAAAAGGCCCACUAACAUCAUAUCCGAACCUUCCUAAACAACUUCGUUGCAUUUCCAUCCAACUAAGCCUAGCUUCACCAGUGGAAAACCUGACCAAAAAAAAAAAAAAAAAACGAUAACCUUCACCGCGAUGCCUGCAACUCCAUUUACGUCUCCGUUCCUCACACUGCAACCACGCUUCAAUUCCUACAUUAACCCUAUCUUCCGUUCACUCACCUUCCAACUCUCGUCUUCGCCGCUCUCAGUCGAUGGCAAGUUCUCCGGCGUUAGAGUUCAUUCCGCACUUUCUCGAGCGGCGGAGACCGAUUCUCCGAGCGGUGGAAGGUCAGGUGCGUUAACUCCCGGUCCGGCGGUCGCCGGAGAGGUUCAGAAAAUCGACGUGAAUCCUCCCAAGGGGACGCGUGAUUUCCCGCCUGAAGACAUGCGCUUGCGCAACUGGCUCUUCAAUCAUUUCAAAGAUGUUGCGCGGUUGUACGGAUUUGAGGAAGUUGAUUUUCCGGUGCUUGAGUCGGAGGCGUUGUUCACUAGGAAAGCAGGGGAGGAGAUUAAGGACCAGCUUUAUUGUUUUGAAGAUCGGGGAAAUCGUCGUGUUGCAUUGAGGCCUGAACUUACUCCUUCUUUGGCAAGGAUGGUGAUACAGAAAGGGAAGUCUGUGUCAUUACCAUUAAAGUGGUUCACUGUUGGACAAUGUUGGCGGUAUGAGAGAAUGACAAGAGGGCGUCGUCGUGAGCACUACCAGUGGAACAUGGAUAUCAUUGGCGUUCCUGGGGUUAUGGCCGAAGCAGAGCUUAUAUCUUCUAUUGUCACUCUGUUCAAGCGAAUAGGGAUUACAGAAUCAGAUGUUGGAUUUAAGGUUUCUAGUCGAAAGGUUCUACAGGAAGUAUUAAAGUGUUAUUCAAUCCCUGAAAAUUUGUUCGGCAAGGUCUGUGUCAUCAUUGAUAAAAUUGCGAAAAUUCCAGUUGAUGAGAUAAAGAAAGAGUUGAAAGCUGUUGGUCUAUCACAAGAGGCUGUCCAGGAGCUAUUGCAAGUCCUUUCUGUGAAGUCAUUGACAGAGUUAGAAGAGAGACUCGGAAGCGGUGGGGAAGCAGUUACUGAUCUGAAACAGCUAUUCUCACUUGCUGAAAAAAUUGGUUACUCUAAAUGGCUUCAAUUUGAUGCGUCAGUUGUUCGUGGUCUUGCUUACUACACUGGCAUUGUGUUUGAGGGUUUUGAUCGAGAAGGAAAGUUGCGAGCAAUUUGUGGGGGUGGCCGAUAUGAUCAUUUGUUCUCAACUUUUGGUGCUGACGACAUUGCUGCUUGUGGUUUUGGAUUUGGUGAUGCUGUCAUAGUGGAAUUGCUCAAAGAGAAAGGUCUGCUACCAGAGCCUAGCUUGCAAAUAGAUAACAUUGUUUGUGCUUUGGAUGAAGAUCUUCAAGGAUGUGCUGCUAUGGUUGCUAACAUUCUCAGAGAAAAAGGACAGAGUGUUGACUUGGUUUUGGAAAGCAAACCACUUAAAUGGGUUUUUAAACGAGCAGCCCGAACAAAUGCUGUGCGGCUUGUAUUAGUGGGGAAUUCUGAGUGGCAAAAGGGUAUGGUUGGUGUAAAAAUUCUCUCCACUGGUGAACAGUAUGAGGUUAAACUAGAUGAUCUAAAGUAAAUCAGAAUUUGAAUUUCUUGUGGUUUAUGUAUUUUGUCUUCAUUAUUGGUAUUUCAUUUACCUUUGUUUUUUAUGUAAUCCUACUUGAGUGCUUGUUUGUAUGUGCACAUAAUUAUCUUUGUGCAUGUACAAAUCUGUGCAUAUACAUAUAUCAAAGCUUCUGCUUCUGUUCACAUUAUUUAUCCAAAUAAGUUCUUCACUCAUAUUGUCUGCCCCUCUUGUUCCUUUGUCUUCGUAUUUCUACGUGUGUGCAUGUAAGGACAAGACCAUAUUGUUGAUGGAUCAAUGGGGAAUUUUCACUUGAAAUGUUGAAUUGAAUGAUUUGUUUGAUAAUAGCCUAUUGACCUUACUGUUAAAACCCUUUCUCCUUAUUUCUAUCAUACUAAA